GUAAAAACCUUCACCGGUCCGAAGUCGCAUAAGUGGUCUAUCCGCAAGUAAAGUUUCGUGGGAAAGGGGUAUUUGUGUUGUGAAGAAUUUGCGAAAAUGGCUAUACCAAAAAGGUGGGAACCAUAUUCUGCAGUGGGCAAUCAAGUCGACGGAACUCGUUUUAUCUGCUUUAAAGUCCCUUUGAAGGAAAAAUUGUGUGAAAAACUUCCCGAAGAUUUGCGUUUCACCCCUGAUAAUUUGGUACAAAUACUAGAAGAGCGAGGUCAGAAGUUAGCAGUUGUCAUUGAUCUGACAAACACAUGCAGAUAUUACAGCAGUGAGGACUUUGUGAAGCACGACAUCAAGUAUGAGAAGAUAAUGGUGGAAGGCCAAAGAAUCCCGAGCAAUAAAGAAGUGAAAAGUUUCUUCUCUGCUGUGGAAAAGAUUUUAGCUGAAACAGAAAAUGAAGACACAUUGAUAGGCGUACACUGUACUCAUGGCGUCAACAGAACAGGAUACCUUAUCUGCAGAUAUAUGAUUGAGAAGAUGUCACUAGGUGCUGAUGAAGCCAUCAAAGCAUUUUCUACUGCCAGAGGUCACCCAAUAGAGAGAGAAAACUUUUUAGAAGAUCUGCGAUUGAGGGAAAAUGGCGGUGAAGGGUUACCUGAAAGUAAACAGAUGAACAGAAACGAACAUUUCAGUGAAAGGUUUACAGGAAGACCUGAACAAUUUCACGAUAGACGCAGUAGAUUUGGGGAUAGAUAUGAAGGUUUUCCAGAAAGUCACCAAAGGUCUUAUGAACCUGAGGAAAGAUUUGAUGACAGAUAUGUUGAAAGACGCCACAGAUUUCAAGAAAGAGGUGAAAGAAUUUACCCUCAAGUUGAUUUAUAUCAUGACACUGAGCACAGUGAGAGAAGAUCCAGGGGAGAUAACCGGAGGGGUGGUGGGCCACAGAAGAGCUACAGGUCUCACAAAUAUCAUCCGUACAACAGCACUCACUAUUCAGACUGCCAUGGUGAACCGUCGAGUAAUGAUUGGCACAGGCCCCACCACAGACCUGCUCACAGACGUGCUCACAGACACAGAUAUAACAGUGGCACAAAAUAUUACUUGGUUGACGAACAAAGUGGAGACAACUUUGGAUACACUUCUUUUGCUAACUGAUAAAGGAAUAGUUGACCUUGUGUAAAGGUCAUGAGAUAGCAACCACAAUUUCACGGCCGUCAUCUUUCUACAGCUUUUUGGAGUGUCACAACAACAUGAAUUGGAGAAUCCAUUUAUUGCAGAUACUGUUGUUUAUACACUUCAAUCUUCAAACUUCUGUGAUAUAUCUCAUACAAACAUGCCUCAUGUUUGCUAGAGUUAAUUGGAUUAAUUAUUGUAACUGAUAAUUCUUUUAUUUCUUUAACUUGACCAUGUAUUAUUGUAUAAAUGUUAGCGAUAGCCUCUUCAGAAAGCGUGCUAAGCUUUCAUGGCUGAACACUUGUAGCUACAUGUUAUUUACAUAACACUGGCUGUGCUUUGUGAAACAAGCUCAUGUACCACAGAGCAUCUCAAAAUUGAACUUGCUUCAGCUUUGAAUACACCAGAGAUAUUUAGUACUCCUUCAGCUUUGAAUGCACCAGAGAUAUUUAGUACUCAUUCAGCUUUGAAUACACUAGAGAUAUUUAGUACUCAUUCAAUGUCUAAUACACAGGAGGUAUUUAGUACUUUUUCAGCUUUGAAUACACUAGAGGUAUUUAGUACUCCUUCAGCUUUGAAUACACCAGAGAUAUUUAGUACUCCUUCAGCUUUGAAUACACCAGAGGUAUUUAGUACUCUUUCAAUGUCUAAUACACAGGAGGUAUUUAGUCCUCCUUCAGCUUUGAAUACACUAGAGGUAUUUAGUACUCCUGCAGCUUUGAAUACACCAGAGGUAUUUAGUCCUCCUUCAGCUUUGAAUGCACUAGAGGUAUUUAGUCCUCCUUCAGCUUUGAAUACACCAGAGAUAUUUGGUUUUUCUUCAGCUUUGAAUACACCAGAGGUAUUUAGUACUCCUGCAGCUUUGAAUACACCAGAGAUAUUUAGUACUCCUUCAGCUUUGAAUGCACUAGAGGUAUUUAGUCCUCCUUCAGCUUUGAAUACACUAGAGGUAUUUAGUACUCCUUCAGCUUUGAAUACACUAGAGGUAUUUAGUACUCCUUCAAUGUCAAAUACACUAGAGGUAUUUAGUACUUUUUCAGCUUUGAAUACACCAGAGGUAUUUAGUACUCCUUCAAUGUCUAAUACACAGGAGGUAUUUAGUACUCAUUCAGCUUUGAAUACACCAGAGGUAUUUAGUCCUCCUUCAGCUUUGAAUACACUAGAGGUAUUUAGUACUCCUUCAGCUUUGAAUACACCAGAGAUAUUUAGUACUCCUGCAGAUUUGAAUACACUAGAGGUAUUUAGUACUCCUUCAGCUUUGAAUACACCAGAGAUAUUUAGUCCUCCUUCAGCUUUGAAUACACUAGAGGUAUUUAGUACUCAUUCAAUGUCUAAUACACAGGAGGUAUUUAGUCCUCCUUCAGCUUUGAAUACACUAGAGGUAUUUAGUACUCCUGCAGCUUUGAAUACACCAGAGGUAUUUAGUCCUCCUUCAGCUUUGAAUGCACUAGAGGUAUUUAGUCCUCCUUCAGCUUUGAAUACACCAGAGAUAUUUGGUCCUUCUUCAGCUUUGAAUACACCAGAGGUAUUUAGUACUCCUGCAGCUUUGAAUACACCAGAGAUAUUUAGUACUCCUUCAGCUUUGAAUGCACUAGAGGUAUUUAGUCCUCCUUCAGCUUUGAAUACACUAGAGGUAUUUAGUACUCCUUCAGCUUUGAAUACACUAGAGGUAUUUAGUACUCCUUCAAUGUCAAAUACACUAGAGGUAUUUAGUACUUUUUCAGCUUUGAAUAUACCAGAGGUAUUUAGUACUCAUUCAAUGUCUAAUACACAGGAGGUAUUUAGUACUCAUUCAGCUUUGAAUACACCAGAGGUAUUUAGUUCUCCUUCAGCUUUGAAUACACUAGAGGUAUUUAGUACUCCUUCAGCUUUGAAUACACCAGAGAUAUUUAGUACUCCUGCAGAUUUGAAUACACUAGAGGUAUUUAGUACUCCUUCAGCUUUGAAUACACUAGAGGUAUUUAGCCCUCCUUCAGCUUUGAAUACACCAGAGGUAUUUAGUACUCAUUCAAUGUCUAAUACACAGGAGGUAUUUAGUACUUUUUCAGCUUUGAAUACACUAGAGGUAUUUAGUACUCCUUCAGCUUUGAAUACACCAGAGAUAUUUAGUACUCCUUCAGCUUUGAAUACACCAGAGGUAUUUAGUACUCUUUCAAUGUCUGAUACACAGGAGGUAUUUAGUCCUCCUUCAGCUUUGAAUACACUAGAGGUAUUUAGUACUCCUGCAGCUUUGAAUACACCAGAGGUAUUUAGUCCUCCUUCAGCUUUGAAUGCACUAGAGGUAUUUAGUCCUCCUUCAGCUUUGAAUACACCAGAGGUAUUUAGUACUCUUUCAAUGUCUGAUACACAGGAGGUAUUUAGUCCUCCUUCAGCUUUGAAUACACUAGAGGUAUUUAGUACUCCUGCAGCUUUGAAUACACCAGAGGUAUUUAGUCCUCCUUCAGCUUUGAAUACACUAGAGGUAUUUAGUACUCCUGCAGCUUUGAAUACACCAGAGGUAUUUAGUCCUCCUUCAGCUUUGAAUGCAGUAGAGGUAUUUAGUCCUCCUUCAGCUUUGAAUACACUAGAGGUAUUUAGUACUCAUUCAAUAUCAAAUACACUGGAGAUAUUUAGUUCCCCUGUGUUGUGUUCUAAAAUAGUACUUAUUUAGUACUCUUCAACUUCUCAAAUUUGAUGCAACAUAUUGCAUAAUUAGGGUUGCUUCCUAGAUUGGGAAACUUCUUCAGUAGCAAUGCUAGUACAUGUACAUCAUACACUUUGUAGGAGUCCAUUGGUGGUUUGCAGACAAAAUUUUGUUCAUUUAUACCUGUCAGUUUGUGAAAUAACGUGAAUGUAACGUUCUGGUUUGCCCUUGGAGGUGUUAUCAUUGAAUUUUUAUGUUCAUUUGAAGUUUGUAUGAUUUUCCCCAUUGAAAUUGUUUCUGCGGGACUGUGGUGUCACACACUGUUAAAGAUGAUUUCAUAAACUGUCAGGAAGCUUUCAAAUAAAGAGUUUUA